AACAUAAAUUACCAUGUAGGCCUAUACACUACUACCAGCGGACUACUGAACUGUUGAAUUUGGGCUAUAUAUAAAGUUGUGAACUUGUGUCAGAACGGUCAACUGCUUGUUUUUGAAGUGAAGAAAACAAUGUUAUUGAAUGUAGUAUGUACGGUAAAACACGAAGACCACUACCAGAGUUUGAUUUUAAAAAUUGAAUCUUAUUAACACAGUAUAGGUACUUGUUAAAAUGGAUGAGGAAGAGGAAUCCUGGAACAAACCUAUUGUAGAGUUGACUGGUAAAACACAGAGUCCUACAAGUAGACUGAACCUGCAUAACAGAUCUCUGGAGAAAGAUCAGUCAGCACAUGCACAGCCUAUUCAUGAAAGAACCAUUAUUCAUAUUGAUGUGGACUGCUUUUAUGCCCAAGUGGAAAUGAUCAGGGAUCCAUCACUCAGAGAUAAGCCACUUGGAAUUCAACAGAAGAAUAUAGUUGUGACCUGUAAUUAUGUUGCUAGGAAGUACGGAGUUACAAAGCUCAUGUACAUCAAGGAUGCAAAGGAAAAAUGUCCACAGCUGGUGCUGGUCAGUGGAGAGGAUUUGACUAAUUACAGGGAAAUGUCUUACAAAAUCUCAGAGUUUUUGAACAAGUACACACCAUAUGUAGAGAGAUUAGGUAUGGAUGAAAAUUAUCUAGAUGUGACAGACUUGGUAAACCAGAGAAAAGAUGAAAAUAACUUGACAGUUGCUGGACAUGUUUUUGGAGACAAACAUCAAGACAAAGAAGAGGACCUUUGUACCUGUGGUUGCUAUGAGCAGAUUUUGACUGGUUCCCACAUUGCAGAGGAGAUUCGUGCAGCACUCUACAAAGAGAUAGGGUUGACGUGCUGUGCCGGCAUCUCUCACAACAAACUGCUGGCUAAACUUGUAGGAGAACAACACAAACCCAAUCAACAAACAACACUGUUUUCUCAUCAAGUUGAAGCUUUUAUGGCCAGGCUUCCAAAGGCAAGGAGUAUACCAGGUGUUGGUUCAGCCACUGCUAAGAAGCUUGCUGAAUUUGGUGUCGUUACCAUGACAGACCUACAGCAGUGCCCUCUAGAAGAUCUGAGGAGGGAACUAGGGGACAAUAUGGCUGCCUCUAUUAAAGAGCUCAGUCAAGGAAUUGAUAACAGUCCUGUCAUUCCAUACAGCAAACCUCAGACAUUAAGUGAUGAAGAUUCAUUCAAAAGCUGCUGCUCUGUGAAAGAGGCAAAUCAGAAAAUUAAAGAACUAAUCAAGAGUUUAAUGAUAAGGCUAGUAGAAGAUGGGAGAAUUGCGGGAACAGUAAGAUUGACCAUUCGUAGACUGAGUGCAGAAAACAAAUACCUCAACAGGGAAUCUAAACAAUGUAACAUUCCAAGUCAUGUCCUCUCAAAGCUAACUAAAGAGAACCAACAGCAAACCUGUGGUAAAUUAGAAGUCAUUGUAAUGAAUUUAUUUAACAAGCUGGUGGAUAUAAGGAUGCCAUUUCACUUGACACUUAUCAAUGUGGCAUUCUGCAACCUAAUAGAGAGAAACAAAAACUCCAUCAGUCAUUUCUUUUCUCCAAAAAAGGACAAGAACAACCACAGGGCUUUGAACAAUAACACGGAUUCCUGUCUUAAUGAAUCCAAAUCCAAUAAUAAAACUGUGUGUAGUGAGGAACUGACUUGUACUGCAAGUCAGAUGGACAAGGAAUGCUCUUCCUCUAGAUUUGCAACAAGUACUGAUCAUAACUUAAAUAAUUCAAGAAAAUUAGAUGUCAGUAAUAUGCCUACUGCAAACACACCCAUCUUACUAGAUACAAUUUCUAUAGAAAGUCCAAGGAAUAAAAAUAGUGUCAUUUGUCAAUCAUCCACCAAGCGUAAAUCCUUGCCUGAGUCGGGCUUUUUCAGUAAGAGGCUUAAAAGGGCUCCCUCUGAGGCCUCUCAGUCCUUAAGUCCAGAUCAGCUGGGUUCUCAGUCUGUAAAUCCAGAUCAGCUGGGUUUUAAGGCCUCUCAGUCUGUAAAUCCAGAUCAGCUGGAUUAUAUUGAUGCAGAAGUGUUUUCUCUUCUUCCUCCAGACAUCCAGAAAGAAAUAAAGGAAGCCAGGUCUAAAUUUCCACCCAGUACUAAUUCUGUUAAUGGUGAAAUGGAAAGUGUAUCAAUUAAAAGUGAACAUCAGCAUGAAAAACACUGUGGGACAGAGAGUUUAUGUGAAAAGCCAUGCACAGAUCAGCCAGGUGGAAGCAAUGACACAGAUUUUAAAUCAAACACUCCAGUGACUGAGACUGUCACAGCCUCAUUUGUCCCAGCAGGAUAUGACAGGGAUGUCUUCUUAAGCUUACCAACAAACAUUCAGGAAGAAUUGUUAAAAGAGGAAGAAAGCAAAGCUGAAUGGGCUUAUGUAAAACAAGCCAAAAAUAGUGUAAGGAAUCAACAAACCACAAAAACACAAAGCACAAAGACUGCUAAAUCAAACAAUCUUCUAAGUUACUUUAAAAGAAGUAAAUAGAAUGUUUGAAAUGAGUGUGAUUUCAAGGAGAAAUACUUAACAUUGGAAUAAUGUUUUAUUUUUAUAACUUAGUUUGAAAAUGUACUGAGUAAUAGAAGGCAUUAAUUCACAUGAUAACCAUCUUGAAAGCUUUUUCAUGCAUAUAAUAAGUAUUGUUGAUAAUUUGGUACUUUUGUUAAGACAAA